AUGGUGGAUGUGUGGCAGACUGUAAUACAUACAGCCAAGGAUGAAGUGCCUUGCUUUAAAAUUUUAAUACGAAAAGUGGGAAAAACGGAAAGAAAAUCGAACAAAGCUCGUUAUGAUACUUUUGGCGGCAAUGUUCUGUGGGAAAACUGCACAUUAGAGAUUAGGACUACGAGUAGUAAGGUUUUUAAGAGGAAACACUAUCUUCAACGAACCAAGUACAAUGGCACAACUACAAAAUUAGUAAAUGAAAAUCCAGAUCAAUGGAGCCUACGAAAAAACUUGUUGAUAAUGAGAGAUUGCUUUAAUGGCGAUAUCGUAAUUUUUUCUAGAGUACCAUAUCAGCCGAGUAGAAAACUCUUAGAGGAUACAUUGAAGAUUUACAAAAAGAAUGGUUCGUGGACUUGCGAUCAUAAAUUCAAGCCAAUAACAGAAAAGCAAUAA